UGUUAUGUCAUAAAUCUGUCAUAAACAAGUUAUUAUCAAUGUUAAGAAUUUACCAAGCUUUAUGGGUUAACAUUACAUUAAACUGUCAUUAAAAUAUCAUUAAGUGUUAAUUCAAUGUUAACUAAUUUUAAAUACCUUACCAAAAUUCAACAGACACGUCAAAAGAUUAUACUUAACUUUAUAUAUGUGCACAAAACAUAAACAACUGACAACUAACAGAACUUGAUCUUCCUCACACAGAGGGUUCCGAAAUUUUCUGACAUAGAAGAAAAUGGACAAAACAUUUAAUUAAUUAAUUAAUUUAAAUAACUGUUUUCCAGUGAUAUAGACCAAACCCUGCAUGGCUAAACCCAUUAUUGUACUGGUUUCAUUUCAUUUUAGGUGAAUCGGUCUCUAAAUGCAAUAAAAUGUAAUUUUAUGCAUUUUAAUUAGGGGUGUAACGAUUCAUCUGUUACAUCGAUGUAUCGAUUUAUAUUCCUAUGAUCCAACUACAUCGAUCUAUGCUCGGCAAGUUGGCUUUUCGGACGACAUAUAUCGAUCAAACAUCGUUUUAAACGUAAUCAAUCGAUUGAAUCGAUACUAAGAAAUGACGCAUUGAAUUUAAACACGCCUGACUCUAUAUUAUGGAUGUUUUUUCUUAGCAAUUUAAAUGAUAAUGGCGUUAAACGUUACUCGAUUGAGUCUGCCUAUCUGUGACGUCAUCGCCGCGCGCUAGCAGCGCAAAGACAACAAAACAGCAUGGCGGAUGGCGGAGGAGAAGUACACGAGCGAGAAAUUAUCAAGCCACCAUUGCGGUCCAGUGUCUGGAAACACUUUGGCUUUUGCAAAGAUGGAGAUGUUCUAAAUAAGUCACUCGCUGUUUGUCGGAUAUGUAAAGGUCAAGUAAAGUACAACGGCAACACGACAAAUCUCUCCAACCACCUACUAAGGCGCCACGGGAUUGCACACAACACCGAUCGUCCAGGCACCUCUUCCAGCGUUCCCGCUGCAGCAUCACCGCAAGGUAACAGUAAAGUCACAGAAGCCUCGGGCCUUGCCUGCAUGUUUAGUCAGAGACUAGGCCAAAACUCGGCUCGGGCAAAAAAUAUCACGGCAACAAUUGCCAAGUUUAUCUGCAAAGAUAUGCGACCCUACAGUGUGGUUGAAAACCCGGGGUUCCGUGAAAUGAUUAAAACAUUGGAGCCAAGGUACACGAUACCAAGCCGACCACACUUCUCAGAAACGGUUAUUACUGCAUUGUACGAAAGUACUAAGAAUGAUGUGAAGCUGUCGCUCUCUCAAGCUGAACGAGUAGCGAUAACAACGGAUGGCUGGACGUCAUGUUCAAAUCAAGGGUAUGUGACAAUUACCUCUCAUCACAUUGAUCCGGAUUGGAAAAUGAAAACCUUUGUUUUGCAAACCAGAGUUUUAAAUGAAGCCCAUACUGGGAAAAAUAUUGGCGCGUUACUGCGUGAAGCCUGCAUUGAGUAGAAAAUCUCCGACAAGAAUCCUGCGAUUGUAACAGAUAACGCCAAGAACAUGAUUGUGGCCGGCGCAGAAGCCCAGUUCAGUCCACACAUUACCUGCUUCGCACAUACGCUCAACCUUGCCUCACAGAAGGGUUUGGGGGUGGACCGUGCUUCCAGGUUGUUGGGGAAAGUGCGAAAAAUUGUUUGCUAUUUUCACCGCAGCCCGAUUGCAUGUCACGUCCUACAGGAAAAACAAACUCUGAUGGAUUUACCAAAACACAAACUAAUCCAAGACAUAAUCACCAGAUGGAACAGUUCAUUCGAAAUGCUUGAACGUUUUUUGGAACAGCAGCCAGCUAUAAUGGCAACUCUGAUGUCCAAGGAUCUGCGAAAAGGGGUCACAGAUGUAUGCACGCUGAGUGAGAGUGAUAUUGCCAACAUGGAUGACAUUGUUCAGUUGAUGGGUCCUGUCAAAAUUGCAACAACUCUAAUGUGUGAGGAAGACCAGCCAACUCUCUCUGUAAUUGCUCCUCUUCAAGCAAAACUUCUGAAACACCUACAGCCAUGCGAAAACGACUCAACCCUGGUUGCAGAGAUUAAGAUGGUGAUGACCAAUGACCUCUCCAAACGCUACAAAGGCACCCAAGAUGCUCUCAACAUAGCAUCAGCGUUGGACCCGCGAUUUAAAGAACUGCCCUACCUGGACAAAGAGGACAGAGAACAGGUCUACGCAAAACUGAUUUUUGAGGCAGAAGCGUCCCACCAAGUAACUCUUCUCUCCUCUUUCCUCUGCUCCUUUCUCUUCUCCCCUUUAAUUUGUCCUCUCUUAAAUCUCAUCUGUUCUUUAUCUUCCUCUAAAUUUCUGUGUGUAGUCUCACAGAGCAGAAAUUUGAACAGUUCACACAUUCUUACAUCAAUAGAUGCAAGCAAUGGGAAAUCAGGAGGAAGACGAGGGAGGCUCAAGCACAAAGCUGUCAGGAUUCGAUGAAGAGACCACAGCUCCAAAUGAGUCACCUCCUUGUAAGAAGAAAGCCUUAGAUGCACUGUUUGGUGAUUCCUUUACCCAAAGAGAAAGAAAAUCCACAAGCGAGACAGCCAGAGCAGAGGUUAUGAGGUACCGAGCAAAAGAUGCAUUGCCUUUGACUGAAAAUGCCAUGAAUUGGUGGAAAUCUCAGGAGAACGAGCUACCUGUACUUUCAAUCCUUGCUAAACGGUACCUGUGCAUUCAAGGCACCAGUGUGCCAGCAGAGCGAGUUUUUAGUACUGCUGGCGACAUAGUGAACGCACAGAGAAGUGUUCUGCGGCCAGAUCAUGUUGAUCAGUUGAUAUUUUUGAAAAAAAAUCUGUAAGGUCAUUGAAGAGUAGUUUGUUACACUUGACCUAUUGUUACAUAUUAGUGCACUGCUGUUUGUUUAUUAAAAUGAGAGUAGUAGCAAGUUCAGCCACUGCUCAAUCAACCUUAAUAAAUGUUGGUUGCACUUUACUUUUGAUAUUAAUACUGUAUUUUUAUUAUUUUUAUGUUGAAAAACCACAGCAAAGGUAGCAGGUAAACCUACUAUUAAUACAACCUCAGGAAAGGUUGGUUGCACUUUAUUUUUGAUAAUAAUACUGUAUUUGUAUUAUUUUGUAUGUUGAAAAACAACAGCAAAUGUAGCAGGUAAACCUACUAUUAAUUCAAUCUGAAGAGAUGUUUGUUGCACUUUAUUUUUGGUAUUAAAUACCAAACAAACAUCUCUUCUGGUUGAAUUAAUAGUUAAUUUUAUACUUUAUAUUUUAUAUAUGAAUAAUACUAUUAAUAUUGUAAUAUUUUUAUGUUGAAAAACAAAAGCAGAAGUAGCAGUUAAACCUACAGUUGAAAUGUUGGUUGGUUGGUGCACUUACUGUACUGAAAAUGUUAAUUCAACCUAAAUUGUUGGUUGCACUUUAGUCAAAUAAAAUGUGAAUGCACAUUCCAUUAAUUGUUGUUUGCUUGUUUGUUUGUUUAUAUCCAUAAUUAAUUGAUACCUUAACAAGAAACAAUCUAGGAAACUUCAUCUGCACUGUCCAGUAUCCAUGUAUUUAUUUCAGUCACACUGGUUGAAUUUUUGGCUAAAAAGCUACUGAAUCGGUUUCAAGCCACUGAAUCGUUUCGGAUCGUAUCGUUCUAAACGAACCAAGUCAUUGAAUCGUACUGACAACCACGAAUCGUGAUACGAAUCGAAUCGUUUGUUAAAACGAAUCGUUACACCCCUAAUUUUAAUGUAUUAUUAUUAUUAAUAAACCUGGAGGAAACUAAAAAAACGAUAUAAACUGAAGAAUAUACAUGAUGUUGUUAUAAAACUAUUUGACAGAGUAUUAACAAAUAAAUUAAAUUUGUCAUCAAAAUGUAAUUAAAUCACUGGUAAAAAGUGGUCAGUUUUGUUGUCUUGGUAUUGUCAUGACAAGUUAUGAUAUAUUGGUUUAUGUCAAGUUGUCAUAACAAAGACAUCUAAAACAAUGUCAUAUUUGCAUUAAAAAUGACAUAGUUGAAC